CGGACGAGUGUAAAGAAAAACAGAACUGAGGCGCUGGUGGUGUGAUAAUGACAGAUGUUUCCGUAGUUUCUAAAGUACCCGGCAACGACAAUGAAAAUGACAAUGACCCGGAGAUGAAAGGUUGGCUUCUCAAGUGGACAAAUUACUUGAAAGGUUACCAAAAACGCUGGUUCGUAUUAUCAAAGGGUGUUCUAAGUUAUUAUCGUAAUCAAGGCGAGAUGACUCACACAUGUCGUGGAACCAUUUCGCUGCACGGUGCUCUCAUUCACACCGUCGAUUCGUGCACAUUUGUCGUCUCCAACGGUGGAACACAAACAUUUCACAUCAAAACUGCCAAUGAGGUGGAACGCCAAUCGUGGGUCACCGCUUUGGAGCUGGCCAAGGUAAAGGCCAUUCGGGCCAUGGAAAGCGAGGAGGAGGAAGAGGAGAAAACCUUCCAAGUGGUGCCGAGCCAAGAAAUAACGACGGUGGUACGCGAUCUAACCGACCGUCUGGAGAGUCUACGCACCUGUUACGAUUUGAUAAACAAACACGGUGUGGCUCUGCAAGGGGCUCUCAACGAAUUGCGACUUGCGGCAAGCGACGAAGAAACAGUUGCCAGUCGUAUCAAAAUCGUGAAUGAACGCGCUACACUCUUUCGCAUAACGUCCAAAGCAAUGAUAAACGCAUGCAAUGAUUAUUUACGCUCAGCAGAGUCGCAGGGCCACAAGUGGUCGAAAGCUCUGCAGCACGAACGAGAGAGUCGCCAGCGCCUGGAAGAAAUGGUCGAACAAUUGGCAAAACAACAUACUCAACUGGAACAGGCCGCCCACUUGGUGCAGAACAAUAAAGUUGUACCGAACCCACCCCUGGCUGCUCCCCAAAUUAUGGACUCUUCCAUGUCACAAUCGAAUUUUGUCUCGGACGACGAGACAGAGUUCUUCGAUGCCGAGGGUUCGAGCACUCUGACACAAAACGAAUCCAACGAAGACAGUCCCCAGAAUGGCUCGGAUGGGGGAGCAUUCAUAAUGCAAAUGCCUCAUAGUAAUAAACAAAUGCAGGCUGAACAGUUCAGCUGCAGCAGCAGUUCAUCGGAAGCUGACCUUUCAUCUAUUCGGAAAUUUCCGCAGCAGGUCUGCGUCAAUCCAAACAAUCCAGCGAACUCUGGCGGUAGUGGUGGUUCGGGAGGAAGUGCGGGAUCCGGUGGCGAUGAUGAUCCCAACAAACCGGGCGGAAAGUCGUCAAAUGUCCCCGAAGAUGGACAAGUGUGCAAAAAGGUAGUUCGUCAAAGACGUACACGUGUUCCUGACAAACCCCACUAUCCACUCAAUUUGUGGUCCAUCAUGAAGAACUGUAUUGGCAAGGAAUUGUCCAAAAUACCCAUGCCUGUGAAUUUCAACGAACCACUGUCCAUGUUGCAGCGUCUUACCGAGGACUAUGAAUAUGCCAGCAUAUUGGAUUUGGCUGCUCGCUGUACAGAUGAAUGUGAACAAUUGGCCUAUUUGGCAGCGUUUACGGUCUCAGCCUAUGCUACGACGGCCAAUCGUACAGGGAAGCCGUUCAAUCCACUACUAGGCGAAACCUAUGAAUGUGACCGUACCGAUGAUUUAGGUUGGCGUUGCAUUGCCGAACAAGUGUCACAUCAUCCGCCAAUGGCUGCUCUACACUGUGAGGGUCGUGAUUGGACAUGUUGGCAGGAGUUUACAAUGACGAGUAAAUUUCGUGGAAAAUAUUUACAGGUAAGAAGAGAUGCCAUUUAA